AUUUUAUUAUGUAAUAAAAAGUGGGGUACAUUUGCAUUGUUUUCCUCACCCCAUCCAUCUGUUGUCUUGUUGGAAGAAGGCUAUGGCUACAGAGGGGCUGCUGGAAGGUGCAGGUCACUAUAAAGCAGAAAUAGAACGGCUGUCCCGGGAACUGUCGGAAACUACACAGGAGAAAAUCAGGGCUGCAGAAUGCGGCUUGGUGGUGCUGGAGGAAAAUCAGACCCUAAAGCAGCAGUAUACAGACCUGGAAGCGGAUUAUGACACCCUCAAACAAGAGCUGGAGCAGCUCAAAGAGGCAUUUGGCCAGGCCUAUUCGAUCCAGAGGAAAGUGGCGGAGGAUGGGGAGACACUUGAGGAGAACCUCCUGCAGGAGUCCGCCUCUAAAGAGGCCUACUACAUUGGCAAGAUCCUGGAUCUGCAAACCGAAAUGAAACAGAACAAGAGCAUCAUAUCCAACGUGCAGGCUGAGAAUGAGCGGCUCAACGCAGUGCUGCAGGACCUCCAGGAGGUAACUAAACAACUUGCCUGA